UAGCCAUGCUGUAAUCUGUCCAGGGGCCUGAGAGAGAGAGCACUGACUUGUCCUUCAUUUCUCUGUUUGUAUUCCCCUUCCCUUUCUCUCCUGUGGCUUGCUUCAUUUCCAGCUUUCCCAGCAGGAGGCAGUGUCGGGGUGGUGCAGAAGCACUGGCUAGGGGAGGACCCACGUCUCAGUUAUGGUUGUCCCAGCAGAGGUGGGGCAGGCGUGCCAAGGCCUCCCCUGGGCCUCUCCAGAGGGUCUGACAUGAAUGACAGUGAUGCAGGCUGCAGCUGGAAGGGAGUAAGCUGACUAGGAGGUGGGACACCUGUGGCUUAACCCCCCACCUCCUCCACAUGUGAGGCAUCCGGCCAGCCUCCUCCAAGGAAAUCCGAGCCCCUCCUCGACGGUGGGACUGAUACACUGGGCUGAAAGUGAUCUGGACUGGGGUGGUUCCCUCUGUCCUUCAGUCUGUACCAGGACUGUGCUCAGUGCAGCGAGUCUCCCCUGCCACCCGCAUUCACCAUGCUGCCUUUACUUGUGGUGCUCUGUCUACUCUGGGUGCUGGGGGGAAGAACCUCCACAGCCUGCCCUCCGCUGUGUGUCUGCUAUGAGUCCUCCAGCUUUGUGGACUGCCACGGCCAGCACCUGGCCCACGUGCCCCACAACAUCCCUCAUGGCACUUGGAUGCUGGACCUGAAGCACAACAACCUGAGCAGCCUGGAGGAAGGCUCCUUCAAUGCCCUGUGGUCCAUGAAGAUCUUGUUCCUUGCCCACAACUCCAUCAGCAGGCUGUGGCCCCAGGCCUUCAGGUCUCUGGGGUUCCUGGAGAAGAUGGAUCUCAGCCACAAUCUCCUGACUCAGCUGCCGCGUGAUUUCUCUGUCGAGCUAUCCUCCCUGAGGGAGCUCACAGCAGCUUACAACCAUCUUUCGGCAGUGGGCUUUGAGAGUCUACAGCACCUGGAAAACUUAGAGAAGCUGGACCUGAGCUACAACUGGGUGGCGUUCAUUGAGAAGGGGGCCUUUCGGGGCCUGUCCCAGCUCCGCUAUCUCUAUCUCCAGGCCAACUGGAUAGAGUUCAUCCACAAUGGCUGUUUCUCCAUGCUCCAGAGCCUGGAAGUCCUUGUCCUCAGCAGCAACAACAUCAGCGUCAUUGAAGGAGAGGCCUUCACUUCUCUACACAGCAUGAACCUCUUGGCCUUGACAAGAAACCAGCUCAUCCACCUCAAGUUUAAGACCUUCCUGAACAUCCAGACGGCUGGCACCCACCUCCAGCUUGCCGGCAACCCUUGGGCCUGUGACUGUGACCUCCAGCGUGUCUUUAGCAAGAUCCUGAGUGUGCGCCACCUCCACGUCGAUGACUAUGAGAACAUCACCUGUGCCAGCCCCUGGCAGCUGGCUGGCUUGCCCCUUGUGGCUGGGGAAGCCCAGCUGUGCAUGGCGGAGACAGCCACGGUCCUGGUGAUCACUGUCACCGUCCUGGUGACUGUUAUUGCUGCCAUUGUCAUGGCAGAGCGGAACAGGAAGAAGAGCCAGGAGAAGAGCUGGAAUGAGUUGGAGGGUCCUUUUGACUCACAGGAGAAGUGAGGGAAGCUGGGGUGGGGCAGGGAAGUGCCUGGUUGUUUUCUUAGCCUCCCCUCUGCUCCUGGGCUCGUCACUCAAGGUACUGAAUGCCCUUGCCUCCCUGCAGACAAGGUUCUUUAGGUAGAUGUGAUGUGUUUCAUUAGACCAACUAAAUAGUUGGAAAGAUUGUUCUUUGCAAGCUUUUGGUCACAAAUACCCUUCUUCAGGCAUAGGGAGAGUAUGCCUCCUUGCUGCAGUUCAUGUCUUUUGACAGGUUCAGACCCUAAAUCUGUCCCUAGGGCACAGCCAGACACUGGCACUGUAUUCUGACCCAGCGGUGGACUCCUGCAGCUCAUCACACCUCCAGCAGCUUGUUGAGGAAUAGUCUCCCAUGGGGCCCUCAGCAUUGUGGGUUAACUGGCUACUCUGAGGAUGUACGAUGCUCUUCCCAUGGCACCUUGUCCCUCUGUCAUACUGCAUAGCCCUAGAACGGGAAAGAAGGAAUAAAUACACCAGAAAUAAAGCCUGCUUUCCUUCCACCUUCUGGCACGGUUUCUCCCUUGGGGGCUUUGCCUGCUGCUAGGAGCCUUUGGGAGCUGGAGUUCAGGGCUGUUCUGUGUGCAUGCAGCAUCCAGCACAGACGACCCUGCCCAAGUAGCUUCCACUGUAGUGAGGUCUGUCAGCUGUUUGUGGGGCCCUUUGCCCACUUCCCUUGCGCAGGCACUGGUAAGAGGGCUGGGUGCAUCUUCUUUCUCUGAAUUUGUGCAGAUCAGCUGGGGGGGAAGGGGAGGUUUAGGGGGACACAUAACCCAUCCAGGGGCUGGCCGUUUGACAUCCAGCAGUUACGAGCCACAGGCCUGUGGGACAUUGCUGAAGCCAUGCAGGUCCCCCGAGAGGGGAACUGGGCCCCUUGAAACACCAAGGAGCCUUGCUCGAAAUGUCCUUUGAGGAGGAAAGGAGACCCCUGGCCCUCCCUUUCCCUGCCCCCACCCUGGAGAGCUCCGAGGACACCUAGUGGUGUUGCAGCCCCCCAGCCCGAGUCACCGGGUGUGCGGGAAACAUAGGAGUCAGUGUCACCCUGUCGCCCUGCG